AUGUCGCAAUCAGGCCACAACGAGCAGACGCUCGCCCAGGGUCGUGACGCAGCCACUGGAGGUCAGCCGCAGCGCCUCGCUGUGCAUAUUCAAGAGCUCGUGUCCGUCUUGAGUUGUCGUGGCGAUUCAUCCGUUCAGCAUAGCCGUAGCUCGCUCUUCUACGCCUUCUUUCACUACGUCGCGGGCAACACGCUUGCUUUCCUGACGACCCUCGUCGUUGCACCUGCUUCGAUUUUGUUCGACCCUCUCUCUACGAUUGCAACCCUAAUCAUUUACCCGGUAAGCUUCAACUGAUUAGAUGGGGUUCUUGGUUGUGCUUUUGAUUUGCUACGACCGAAUCGUCGGCGGUGACGGAAGGUCGUUCGCUCGCAGUCUUCGAGGGGCCCCACUUCAAGGGCCGCGCCGCCCGAGAGGAGCUCACGCUCCCUGCCACCUGCUGGACUCGCCCUGCAUAAUAAAGUUUUCAACCCAAAUUAACCGACUGAAUACUUUUCUCAAAGGGCAUCUACAUGAUCCUGUUCGUUGCGAUCUUUGGGCUCUACCUUGCUUCGAGCAUCGGCGGAUCGGCGCUGAUCAACUACAUCAGCCGCAAGUACGCCGAUGGGUACAGCGCAGUCAACUGGGCCUCUCCCGCACUGAUAAACUCUGCUCAAUCGGCGAAUACGAUCCGAUCGGCUCGUGCGACUCUCGGAGGGCUGAAGACGACUUUCCCCGACGCCAUAGCACCGGGAGCGCUCCCUAGCUCACCCCCCAAGACGAACCGCAUCUUUGACCUCGAUGUCGCAAAAGCGUGCCUGAGUAUGUGUGCUCUCGUAUACGAGCGCGACGACAAGCUCGUCGAGAAGGCCGUAGCCAAGGCUGCUCGGGGUGAUCUUCAAGGCGCCGAGGUACUUCUGCUCGACAGUGAGACCACCAUUCGGGAACAAGCGGCCAAGUGGGGCUUGAACUACGAAGGCAUCUCUGAUCUCUCGUCUACGAGUGGCCCCUUUGCAAGUGCCUUCUACACGCAAUCAGGUGAGGAGAAGCCCUUUAUCGUUCUAGUCUUUAAGGGCACGACGCCGAGCAAGUAAGUGCAUUGCUUUGGGACACCAUCCCCAUUGCUCCGAGGGGCCUGACCACUCUUCGCUGCACAGCUACGCCGAGUUUUUGACUAAUGCUACGAUCACACGCAUCAACGCGACAAGCUGGUUCGGCGAUGGCACUGUUCACGAAGGUUUUGCGACCUCGCUCUUCCCCAUGUUCGAUGAGCGCACCGACGGUUUCGGGCAGAUCCUGUUCCAGGUGGGAGGCAGCUUCGCUUGACUCGGACUCUGCGCAGGGAGCGCCGGGGUGCCAGGAGCCGACGCGCUGACCACCCCACCGCCUUGGAUUUGAUCACACCAGCUGAAGCACAUCGCGGAAACGUUGUCACCGGACCCCGAAAGCUCGCCUGUUCCUCUCUUCGUCACCGGUCAUUCUCUCGGCUCUGCCCUUGCUUCGUUGUUGUACACGCGACUGUUGCGUGUUCCCUGCGACCUCGGGAAGGGUAUCGUGCUCAGGGACUGCUACCUCUACGGAACCCCUCGUGUAAGUUACUCGCGUUGAGAGAGUCUCUUGCUUGGGGGUUCCGGUGAAGCGUGCCUCAUCGACACAUCUUUGCUUCCUGCAACAGCUCGGAGAUGCCCAGUUCGCUGCCAAGUUUGAAGAGUCGACCAUCAGUGAGUAAUGUGGCUCGGCCCCGCCAAGUGCCAGCGCGAAUGAACACUCAUCCGCUCCUCUUCACAGCCCCCAUCAACCGUCCCAACAUUAUGUGGCGUGUUAAGAACAAUCGAGACAUCGUGACCCGGAUCCCUCCCGGCUUUGCUCGCCCUCAGGCCGCUGGCAUGGUCGGCACCUCGAUGUCGGUCCUCAAUUACGCCCACAUCGGGGUGGAGAUCUACCUUAGGCCCAACAAAGCACCCUAUUAUGAGCCGGACACCACCCAACUACACCAUGCGACGCGUGUCGUCAUCGUCAAAGAUGGUUCGCAACAUCGUCCCAUGAGCUCACGCUCGGUCGCCUACAAUUCGAGCUAUACCAACGCACUUCGUUGGGCGAUGUGCUUUCUUUUGCCCGACUUCGCGUGGGAUCACCUCCCUGCUUCGUACGCUCAAGUGAGUCGAACUGAGGCUAGGUUGACAGAGACAUGCCAAAUCUUGGGGUUUCUUAUUACUUUCACUGGUACUCUCUCACAGCACCUUGACCAGAUUACGGCAACGGGUGUCGGAGGAUCCGCUCGCGGAAAGGGGCAGGAAGCGCUCACCGUCGGGGCUGCUGCUCGUCCUAACGCCGCCCGACCUCUCGCGUCAAGCUCCCGCGGAUGA